CUGGUGCGCCCCACCUCCACUGGCAUGCCCUCUGACCUUCAACCAGUGCCGUAUAUAUAGCUGGGGGAGAAGAGCGAAAGGCCCCUGGCAGCCAAGAUGAAGUCUCUGAUGUCUGUGUGCUGCUUUCUGGCUCUCCUGGUCCUGUCUGCUGCAGAUCUCCUGCCAGAGUCCUCUGUCCACGAUGAGGAGCCUCUGAUGCAGCUGCAGCUCCAGCAGCCAGAAGGCGACCUCUUCUCCUGUGGAUGUGACACCACAGAGGAUCAUGGCAGCCAAAGCUCUUCCAACGACACCCCAGCUCCAGAGAGGGCCAUGUGCCAGCCCUGCAAACCGCUGUCACAUUUAGAUGCUGAGGAAGAGGCUGCUUCUCCUUCAGAGCAUGAAGAGGAGGCAAUACCUUCAUCUGAAGACGAUUCUUCUGCUGAGGAGGUUGUGAGUGAAGAAGAAAUAGAAAUGGUAGAAGAGGAGGAGGAAGAGGUGGCAUCUGAGGAGGCUGAAGAGCAUCAAAGUAUGGAGGAAGAGGAGGAAGUAGCUGAGGAGGAGACAUUGGCUGAGGAAGGGGAAACUGAGGAAGAAGCAAAUGUAGAAUUAUCCCGAGAGGAAGAGGAAGAAGUGAAUGACUCUCAUGAGGCUGCAGCAGAAGAGGAGGAAUCUGCAGCUGAAGAAGCAUCUGAAGACAUUGUUGAGGGAUCAGAAGACGAAGACAUGCAGGAAGAAACAAAAGCAGCAGCUGAGGAGCAGAUAACUGUGGGAACUGUGCCGGAAGACACUGCUGAAGAGGCGAUCGAAGAAACUGAAUCAGAACCAGAAGCAGAACCAGUGGAGCUUCCUGAAACAGAACCUGAACCUGAAGAAACAGAACCAGUAGUGAUAGAAGAACCAAUACCAGCAUCAGAUGCAGUUCCAGAGGUGACUUCAGAGCCUGAACCAGAACCAGAAGUCAUUCCUCAGGUGGAGCCAGAGCCUGUGGUGGACGAGGUCACACCAGAACCUGUUGAGGAAGUAGCUGUGGAGGAAGUAGCCAUGGAGGAAGUAGCUGUGGAGGAAGCAGCUGUGGAGGAAGCAGCUGUGGAGGAAGCAGCUGUGGAGGAAGCAGCUGUGGAGGAAGUAGCAGUGGAAGCACCAGCUGCUGUGGUUGAAGAGGCACCUGUGGAUGUUGAGGAAGCAACAGUGGAGGACGUGACUGCAGAGGAACCAGCACAGUCUCAACCCAAAGAACACAAAAAAAGUGAGGCGUCAGGCCCCGCCAUGAGGGACCGCUCCCACAUCGAGGACACGCUGCGACUGGCAACAUCUGAGCCCUCAGCAGAGUUCACAGGUGCUAUGAAGACACUGUUGAACAUCUACCACAAGUCCAUCAAGCCGUUGGAAGAAGCCUUCAAGUACAAUGAGCUCAGGCAGCAUGAAGUCACAGAUGGUGAGAUUACCUCCAAGCCCAUGGUUUUGUUUCUGGGACCCUGGAGCGUGGGCAAAUCAUCCAUGAUCAACUACCUGCUGGGCCUCCACAAAAGCUCCCAGGAACUCUACACAGGUGCUGAACCGACCACCUCCGAAUACACCGUCAUCAUGCACGGAGAGAAGGUUCGGACCAUAGAGGGCAUCGUCAUGGCAGCAGACAGCUCUCGCUCCUUCUCUCCCCUAGAGAAGUUCGGUCAGGGCUUCCUGGAGCGUCUGGUUGGCAUCGAGAUGCCCCACAAGCUGCUGGAGAGGGUCACCUUUGUCGACACUCCAGGCAUCAUUGAAAACCGCAAGCAGCAGGAGAGAGGUUACCCAUACAAUGAGGUGUGCCAGUGGUUCAUCGAUCGAGCAGAUCUGAUCUUCCUGGUGUUCGACCCCACCAAGCUGGACGUGGGAGGGGAGCUGGAGAUGCUCUUCAAGCAGAUGAAGGGCCGGGAGUCCCAGAUUCGCCUCAUCCUCAACAAGGCCGACAGUCUGACCACCCAGGACCUGAUGAGGGUCUACGGAGCCCUGUUCUGGAGCAUGGCGCCGCUGAUUAAUGUUACAGAACCUCCUCGUGUAUACGUCAGCUCCUUCUGGCCUCAGGAUUACGCUGCUGAGACAAGCCGAGAGCUCUUCAUGAAGGAGGAGACUUCUCUGCUUGAGGACCUCAACCAGGUGAUUGAGAACCAGAUGGAGAACAAGAUCGCCUUCAUCCGUCAACAUGGCAUCCGUGUACGCAUCCACGCCCUGCUAGUGGACCGCUACCUCCAGACCUACUACGACAAGCUGGGCUGGUUCAGCGACCCCUACGAGGUCUUCCAAGACAUUGUCAAUGACCCGGAUAAGUACUACAUCUUCAAAUCCAUCCUGGCCAAGACCAACGUCAGCAAGUUUGACCUGCCCGACAAGGAGGCCUACCAGGACUUCUUCGGAGUCAAUCCGAUUUCCCACUUCAAGCAGCUCUCCUCCCACUGCAGCUGGACUGGCGGCUGUCUACUGGAGAAGAUAGAAAGAGCGAUUUCACACGAGCUGCCGGCUCUACUAAAUAGCGUAAACAAGAGUCCAGACGUACCUGCCCCCACGAAGGCCUCACCGACGCCUCCGCCUCCUCUCCCCGGAACCUGCGAGGGUCCUGGAUGUGAAGAAAAACCCAAGAACCGCUGGAGGAGGCAGUGAGAUGGAGGAGAAGGGUGCAGGAGGAGGAACAGAGGAGGCAGAUGGCAGCAGCAGCCAGAGGGUUUCCUGAAACAGUCCCCACUGAUGUGGGUUUCAGGACUGGCUAUGAGGAGACUGAGCAGAGAAAGAGAAUAGAAAAUGUGCAAAGAUCUACAGAAACUGGCAGAGUCGAGCCAGAGAUUACUGAAAAAUAUUUCUUAGUGCUUGUUUAUAUCUGCAUGAAACGGACAGAAAAUGUUCUCACCUGGUUUUCAAACACUUUUAUAUGAUUUUAAAUUAUAACAACACUCUGGUAAACAUUGUCCUAUGUAUGUAAGAUAUGUUUUUUAAAAAGCAAAUACUUUUUUGCACACACUAUUGGACUACAGUUUCUGUCUGCAAAAUGUGCUGCAGCAAACAAUGCUUCUGUCACUAGAAGUCAAGUCCAUAAAAUCUCUCAUGGUAUGACAUCUGAGAAUAGUUGUUUUCCUGUUUCAAGUUUGUACAUUAUUUAUUCACAUUUUUUUUCAUCAGAGAAAGGUGGCAGUGACUGCACUUCUGCAAAGAGAUUCAAUACUGCCACUCUUGUAUUUUGUGUGCAAAGUCUCAAGAUUUAGUUACAUCUGCUGUGCUGUGUUUUUACUGCCUCUGUUCACCUGACACCAGGUUAGUGACCUAAACCUAAACCCAGGUCGAUAUUCGUCCAAUAAAACAGACAGAAAGGUGCUCCCAUUGUGCUUUUAGCAGCCCUCAACCAAGCUUAGAAGCUAGACUUCACCUUGCGACUGUAAAAUGUGCUGUAGUUUGUUUCUGAAAUGUACUAGAAUACCUUCAUUCUAGAAACCAUUUUUAUUUUAACAUGUCUCGUGCAUUGGAACCAAGUUGCUUCAAUUCGGUUCCAAUGCACAAGAAAUUUUGAAUAGAAUGUUGUGUUCUCUUCUUUUCAGCCCUCUGAACUGUUGCUAGUUUUACCUCAACACGGCUGCGUGCCACAUGGGCAUUUCCUUUAGAAACAAAUCUUUUCCUCAUUCUUUUAGAUCUGUUUUUAAUUGUCGUUGUUUUGUGUGAUUUCUUUCGAGUAAACACUAAAAACAAA